AUGUCCAGACAGCCAAGUAGCAUACAAUCGUCGUAUUCUUACUCGCACCAGCAUCAGCUAUCUCGUUCAGCUUAUCCUACAUUUCUCUCUCUACAAGAAACGAUCAAGCUGCAAUUGACAUGGGCAUCCAGGGGUAUCCUUGAAGCCUUUCGGUGGGACGUCGUUGUGAAGACUGCUACAAGCGACCGUGAAAUUCGCUCAAAUAUUCUCAAGUCGUUACUACUCAAUUCGUUAUCAUUGACUUCCAUCUACGUGUUCGACUUACUUCUACAACCUCUCGUGCAUAACCACCCAAGCUGGCUUCGCCGAAAUGUCGGAUGGUUCUAUCGCAUCCUUUGGUUGUUCCCGGUCGUCGGAGCAUCUUACUAUCUUAAUAGUUCCUGGUGCAAUCUUAUCGCAAAACGGUCCUUUGUCCUUCAGCAUGGAAACCGUGCAGCACAUCAGCAGCCAGUUACUUAUCACGGUAUGCUGACCAUGCUCGCCACGUCUGCAUACCGUGCUGUCAUGAUUCUUACUUCUGUUAUCGUGUCGUUGGCAUUGGGAUCAAUACCAUUUGCCGGAUCGUGGAUCAGCUUUGCAUUUAUGUGCUGGGUUAAUGCAUAUUAUUGCUUUGAGUUUGUCUGGGUGGCGCGUAAUUCAUCAUUGGCCCAAAGAGUGCGUCAUCUAGAAGAACGAUGGGCAUACUACUUCGCAUUUGGUCUUCCAUCCGCUGUGAUCUGCACGUGCGGAAGUGGACUGGCGAAUGCUGCAUUUUUCGCACUCAUAUUCCCCGCUUUCAUCAUCAUGGCCAUGCAUGCACGACCCGUUCCACAGGAUCCUUACAAUCCUGCACCCUCCACGGAGUCUACGAACACCGUACGAUUUCCCUCGCCACUUGUUCCGAUCAGGAUGCCAGUCUUCACGAUCGUCAUUUGGCUGAAUGAUCUCAUCGUCAGAGUGCUAAGUGUCGGUGGCAGCACUGGUGUUCGACACCGGAGGACGACGAGUGACACUACCGAACAGGCAGAAGAAGGGACAGGUGUUGAAUUAAAGAACAUCGGCCGUACAGCAAGAGGGCUUUCCCCCGCUGUUCAAGCAAGGAAUCUUGGAGACAGACUACCGAGUAAUGGAAAGGCACCUAUUGCUGGGAGGCGAAAGAAGGACUGA